UUUAUCUGCAGACGAUAAGCUGGACGCCAUCACCUGUUACAGACGACAUAGAAGUCAGUGUCCUGCUGACCUCUCCCUGUGACUUUCCCUCGGGGUUUAAACAUUUACUGAUUGGCGGUUGUAGAAAUAUUGACGAGGACGAGGCUCUGUACUCAUGGAUUUGGAGUGAUGGGGUCUUGAUGCAGUUUCCCAAGGUCACGACCUGUCUCCGCUUCACGGAAAACAAAUUGUACGUCAGCGGAAGAACAAACGUACUGGAGCACCAGUCCAGACCUGAAGCUCUCAGCGCCAUCUGGUGCGUGUUAUCCUAUCCACUAACGGCGGUAGAAAAUAUAAGACGCAACUGGGGGAAUCUGGAAUUGGACAGAAGUAUCAGAGUGACAGAUAGCUCCAGUACCAGCCCGCCCCCCGGGACCGAACCACGGGGUCAGGGUGUGUAUUUACCCAUCCAUGACGUCUUCAUUAGCCCUUCUGAAAACAGACAGCUGUAUUUUCCUGUGAAAGACCUUCCCUCCAACUGCGAUUAUUUGGGAUUUCUACAACAUCUGACCACUCGGUACAAAGAGGUUAAAUCUGGAACUGUCCUAGAAUCCAGUAAAAUUCAAAACGGGAAAACUGUGCUGAAAUCGGACUGGAAAAGAAAAUGCCGUACAAAGGGGAGGCGAAUUACGUGGAUUUUGAGGGCACCAGCACAGAGUAAGAAAAUGUCGUCUGCGGAGAAUAUUUCGGGGAUGAGAAAGAAUCCCAACAACCAGCGGCGGACAUCACAGGUUACAUUUAAGGAGCAGAAUGAUACGUCGGCGUUUAUGGAACUCGUGAACGGAUUUGUGGAGGAGAUUCUGAGGAAAGGGAUGGCUAAAUACAGGGAAGACAUGUCAACUCAAAACGAGGCCAGAGGAAAGGAGGUCAAGUGGUCGAUUACAGCAGUGACGUCAAUCCACGCCACGAACAUGGAGACUUCCGGUGUAAAUAGUCACGUGGGAAAGAAGAGAAAUUCCUCCGCCGACAAGAGUUGUGUGCCUUCAAGUAAAUUCUGUGGAAUUUUAUAAAUAACACAAUGUGUGUUUAUUCAUUCAGUGCCUAUACCUGACAAAAGUAUCAAAAUAUGCUAAAAACUAGGAAAUAUUUACAUCUUCCUUUCGCGAUCAAGAACUUUCGCCAUGGAUUUGUUUAUCUUCUUAAAGGUUUUGGCAAUGAAAAGGAUAAGUUAAUAGUUGGAUAUUGUUUAUGACUGUUGAAAGCUUUUUUGGAAAACUUGUAUAAAUUUUUCUUGGUUCUAAAUCUACUUUUUAGAAUAGAUAAUUUCUUGUAGAAUGUGGUAAUGUGGUCCUAAAAUGAAUGUAUUCAUCCGCUGUCUGCAGACAGAGAGAUGAUUUAAUCAAAUAUUAAAAUAUGAUUAAAACAUGCAGAAAUUCAUUGUUAAGAGGCUAUAGAUAAGAAAUUAAACCAAAAUAAAUUUAAUAUUAAAGUAUAGAAGUAGAAAAGAU